GCUACUUUAUAUAUGUGGGAUUGGUGCGAUUGUUUCUGCUGGCAUCCACAAGCAUCCGCAAACCUUUGCAAGCUUGCAACUUAUUGUUAGUCCUAUUGGCAAUACGCAGUGAGAUAGAAUUCCCUAAAUUCCGGCGCGCUGUUCACCAAGGAGCACGACUAGCUAGCUAUAGGUGACCUCGAUUUCUGAUCAAACACUAAACCGGAAGAACAAUUCGUCACUAUUAUGGAUGCCUUUUUAUCCAGGAAAAAGCGAAAGCUUUCUGUCUCUUCUCAGUCACCGCUGAAGUCAAACGCAAAUGACAGCAUUGAAAAUCUCUAUGUCCCAGAUGAUGAAUCUACGGAUUUUAAGCUGGCGCUAUUGUCAUCUCUGCACCCUGAGGUCGAACAGGGCGUUCUUCUUGAAAUGUUACUUGAACAUGAAGGUGAUGUUGAGAAAGCCUCAAAUUUCAUGUCUAAUUCGGAUACUCCCUCUUUGCCUAUGCCCAAGAAGCCAUCGGCCACGGUAGGAUAUCAAAGUUCUCUUUCUACAUUUAUCUCGAGUGAGAACUCGAUAAAGCGAGUCAAGCCUUUGUCUAGAAAAGGGAAGACUCUUCAUUUAUAUUCUCCUGAAGAUGUCGCAGCUCACACUCCAUGUUCUAUUAUACAUAACUUCCUACCGGCGGAAGAGGCCAAUACGCUACUUGAGGAAUUGUUAAACGAAGCAGCAACUUUCGAAAGGAAUACCUUUAAACUAUUUGAUAAUGUGGUCACGAGUCCCCAUACGGCUUGCUUUUACGUUGAAAAUUUGGAAGAGCAAAGGGCUCAGAAGACUGAGUAUAUUUACAAUGGUGGCCUACUAACAGAUGUACGUCAACUUACUCCACAAAUGAGAAUAGUGUCGCCUAAAGUUCAGGAUGCUGUCAAUUCAGAAGUCGCAACACGAAUCUUAAAACACUAUCCUAACGGCCAGAAGCUUAAAUACCAAUCAUCGGACACAUGGAAGCCGAAUGCAGCUGUCGUCAACUGCUAUAAAGGUGGUGCAGAGAGUGUGGGAUACCAUAGUGACCAGCUCACUUACCUUGGACCACGAGCUGUCAUAGGAUCGAUAUCUUUGGGUGUGGCACGUGAAUUUCGUGUUCGAAAAAUAGUCGCUCAAGAGUCAGAAUCGAAAGAGAAAAGCAAGGAGUCUUCAGAUGCCGAAGGCCAAAUAGCUAUCCACCUACCACACAACUCUUUGUUGAUCAUGCAUGCGGAAAUGCAAGAAACUUGGAAACAUAGCAUCGCACCAGCACAAGCCAUUGAUCCUCAUCCAAUCUCUGGGAACCGACGAAUCAAUAUUACUUACAGAGAUUAUAAAGCUUUGUUACAUCCCAAAUUUACACCAAAAUGCACAUGUGGUGUACCUACAGUAUUGAGAGUUGUACAAAGAAAGAAGGAGAAUUUAGGCCGAUACUUCUGGAUGUGCUACGCUGGAAAUGCUCCCGGAAAAGAAGGCUGCACGUAUUUUGAAUGGGCUGAAUUUGACGACGAUGGUAAUCCGACCUGGCACGAUAAAAUAAAAGCUGAGGCAAAUAUCGGUAACCAAAAGAUUGAUAAAGGAAGCUCUUGAUCUGGAAACUUCCUGGUAGCCUGAACUGCAGCACGUCACGCUUAAUCUUCGGCAAAAUAACAAACCUUAAUGUUGCGUAUA